CGCCCGCCCUCCGUCGCCCGGCCCCGCUGCGCCCCGGCCCGCCGCGCCCCCCGCCCGCACCCGCCGUGCCCCGCGCCCCCGGCCCCGGGCGGCGGCCUCCGGCCCCGGGCGGCGGCGCGGCACGGGCGGCAGCAUGGUGGAGAAGCGCUGCCCGCUGCAGAGGGACGGUGUGUACCGUUGGUUCUCGGAGCUGCCGUCGCCACAGCGCGUGGAGUUCUUGUGCGGCCUGCUGGACCUGUGCAUCCCUCUCGAGUUGCGCUUCCUCGGCUCUUGCCUCGAGGACCUGGCGCGCAAGGACUACCACUCGCUGCGCGACUCAGAGAUCAAGGCCAACAACCCUGCCGACCUGGGCAGCCUCACCAACCUGACAGACGAGGUGGUGCGCAGCAAGCUGCUGGUGUCGCUGGCGCUGCUGGGCUCGGAGCAGCGCGAGGCGGCUGGCGUGCUCUACCGCACGCUCACGCACAUCGACUCCAUCAUCCACAACUACGGGCUGCAGCUCAACGAGGGCCGCACGGGCGAUGAGUUCUUGCUGCUCUUCACCAUGGCCUCCAACCACCCGGCCUUCAGCUUCCACCAGAAGCAGGUGCUGCGCCAGGAGCUCACGCAGAUUCAGAGCAGCCUGAGCGGCGGCGGCGGAGGCCACGGGGGCAAGAGCGCGCUGCCCACCUGCCCGUCUUGCCACAAGGUCACUCCAAGAACUGAGACCCCUGUCACCAGUGUCAGUAAUAGUUUGGAGAAUGCACUGCGUACAUCAGCACAUUCCACUGAGGAGUCGCUGCCCAAGAGGACUGUAGGAAAACACUCCAAAGUGAGUGUUGAAAAGAUAGACCUGAAGGGAUUAUCACACAAAAAAAAUGAAAGAAAUGUUGAAUGUUCCUUUGAGGUCUUGUGGUCUGACUCUUCAAUAACAUCUGUAACCAAAUCUUCCUCUGAAGUGACUGAAUUUAUUUCAAAGUUAUCUCAGCUAUACCCUGAAGAAAAUUUGGAGAAAUUCAUUCCUUGCUUAGCUGGCCCAGAUUCGUUUUAUGUAGAGCGAAACCACAUAGAUCUGGAAGCGGACCUGAGGUAUUUGGCUUCAUUACCUUCUCACGUACUGAAAAAUGACCAUGUUAAGAAAUUUUUCAGCACUUCAUCUCCCACCCAACAGCUUCAAAGUCCAAGUCCUGGCAACCUUUCCCUUUCUAAAGUCGGUACCAUGAUGGGUGUGUCUGGAAGGCCUGUGUGUGGAGUGGCCGGUAUCCCAUCCUCUCAGAGUGGCACCCAGCACCACAUGCAGCACUCAGCGGGUGCGGCUGCCUUGCCCCACUGCUCCCACGCAGGGGGCGGGGGCUCAGCACUGGCCUACCGGACCCAGAUGGACACCUCGCCUGCCAUCUUAAUGCCUUCCAGUCUGCAGACUCCUCAGACCCAGGAGCAAAAUGGGAUUUUAGACUGGCUGAGGAAACUGCGUUUGCACAAAUACUACCCCGUCUUUAAACAGCUCACAAUGGAGAAGUUUCUCAGCCUCACCGAAGAAGAUCUAAAUAAAUUUGAAUCCCUCACCAUGGGAGCAAAGAAAAAACUCAAGACUCAACUGGAGCUGGAGAAGGAGAAGUCAGAGAAACGGUGCAUGAACCCCUCGGCCCCACCCACUGUCACCAGUAGCGGAGUGGCCCGCGUGCCCCCCACCAGCCAUGUGGGGCCCGUGCAGAAUGUGCGGAGCACCCACGCUGCAGCGCUGCGGGUGGAAGUGGAGCAGACACCUCACCAGACGGCCCGGGAAGGCAGCUCCUCAGAGUGCUCCAGCUCUUCGCCCAGCCCCAUGGGGGUGCAGGCCCGGGAAGAGAGCUCGGACAGCGCCGAGGAGAACGACAGACGUGUGGAGGUGCACUUGGAGGGUUCCGAUAAGGAGAAGCCUGUCAUGCUACUGAAUCAUUUCACUUCAACUUCCGCCAGACCCACGGCCCAGGUUCUUCCUGUGCAGAAUGAGGCAGGCUCUAAUCCGUCGGGCCACCACCCCCUGCCUCCUCAGAUGAUGACUGCAGCCUCGCACAUCGCUCCCAUCCGAAUGCUGAACUCUGUGCACAAAUCGGAACGAGGGGGUGCGGACAUGAAGCUCCUCUCGUCUUCUAUGCACUCACUGCUGUCUCUGGAAGAAAGGAAUAAAGUCUCUGGACCAAGAAGUGGCAUCAAAGUGGACAAGAGCUUUGGCAAUGCCAUGAUGGACGUGUUACCCACGUCUGCCCCCCAUCAGCCCAUGCAGGUCCUCUCUGGACUUACUGAGAGCAACUCCGUGUCACCCACCGUGUCCUUUGGUCCUCGUACCAAAGUUGUCCACGCGUCUGCACUGGACAGGGUGAUGAAGCCGGCCCAGCAGCCAGCCCUGGUGGUAGAGACGAGCUCUGCUGCCAUGGGGACAUCCAGCACGGUCUUCCAUGUGGCUCGGCCACCAAUGAAACUUCUGAUGUCUUCAUCUGUCCCUGCGGAUUCUGCCAUUUCUGGGCAAACUUCCUGUUCUAAUAACGUGCAGAUCAGUGUGCCCCCUGCAAUAAUAAACCCCCGGACUGCUCUGUACACAGCCAACACCAAAGCUGCCUUCUCUGCAAUGAGCAGUGUGCCCGUGGGCCCCCUGCAGAGCAGCUUCUGUGCGAACAGCAACACUGCCUCCUCCAGUAGCCACGCUUCCCCAUCCUUCCCAAACAUGGCCACUGUGCCCAGCUGCCCCGCCCCCAGCUCCAGCCCUGCGCUCUCCUCAGUCCCUGAAAGCAGUUUCUACAGCAGCAGCAGCAGCAGCAGUGGCAGCGGUUCCCCCGGGAACAUUCCUGCCUCUGCUCAGAACCAUCACCACCACCACCACCAUCAGCAACCACCGGGGCCCCAGCAACCCUCACCCGGCCCGCCACCUGGCUGCGUCGUGUGCACGUCCUGUGGAUGCAGUGGGAGCUGUGGCUCUGGCGGCCUGACCGUCAGCUAUGCCAACUAUUUCCAGCACCCAUUCUCGGGGCCAUCCGUCUUCCCCUUCCCCUUCCUGCCCUUCAGUCCCGUGUGUGGGAGCGGCUACGUGGGCACGCAGCAGUAUGGCAGCAGCACCUUCCCAGUCAUGCCCUCACCCUACGGCAGCAGCGUGCCCGCGGAGCCUGUGCUGGGUGGCCAGUCCACGUUCACCGUCCCUCCCAUGCAGAGCUUCAUGGCAGGGGCGGCCGGUGUGUACCAGGCCCAGGGCGUGGUGGGCAGUAGCAAUGGUUCCAGUCACAAAAAGAGCGGCAACCUCUCAUGUUACAACUGUGGGGCCACCGGUCACCGUGCUCAGGACUGCAAGCAGCCGUCCAUGGACUUCAAUCGGCAAGGUACUUUUAGGUUGAAAUAUGCCCCUCCAGCAGAAAGUCUGGACUCCACAGAUUGAUAUUUUUCUCUGGCAACAGAACACUAUUAAGCCAUGGAGACAUAAGGAAAAUUAAAUACAAAACUGAGAAGUCUAGUUGCUGUUGAGCUUAAUAUUUUUAAUCCAAAGGUGCUUUACUUUAUUAGACUGGAUAGAAAACCUAGCGUAGGAGUGCAUCAAACUCAGUUUUAUUGCCAAAAUUUUAGAUUGGAGCUCGAUGUCAGGACUUGCCUAGUGGGUAUCUCCACAGCGGGUGAAAUUGGCCACCUCCACCCUUGGUUGCAAUGCAGAGACCUGCCGUCUCUGGAAGAGCAUUGCCGUAACUGGUCCUUCUAGGCUCCCACGUAAUUCCAGGGCAGCUACGCGAGAUCGGAAGUGAGAGCUGAAGGUUGGAGUUCUCCAAGUGGAGUUCCACCAGUCGGACUGUUGACACCCCUGGGUGAGGGAAAAUGUCACCUUUGUUUUGUUUUGUUUUGUUUUGUUGUUUUGUUUUGUUCCUAAAGUGGUUAGGCACUAAUUUCUGAGCUUUUUAAGGAUUGCACUACGGAAGAAUGUAAACUGAUGUCAAUCUCUGCAGUUCUGGGAGACAUACUCCCUGAGACCAGUCAGUGCAAGACAUUCAGAGGAUCUGUCUUUACAGAGUUGGCACCAGCAGGCCACGUGACUUAGCACACAACAGAGAUUUUAGUAUUUACUUCCUUCCUUAGAACACUUUGUAGCAGUUUCAGGUUUUUAAUUUUUUUUUUUUUUUUUGCAAAUAAAUUUAAACUACAUUAUUAAGUAGCAAUAGUUACUCACAACAACUAAUAUCUAAGGGUCCAAGUCCCAGAGAAUUCCUAAUUAUCAAAGCUUUGAGAAUAUGUUCUUUACUGGCCCUUCCAUACCUUUCAGUCCUGUCAUCUUCCACCACGAAGGAACUCUCACAGAGACAUGGUGACAGCACUGCCUUUGUGAGUUGGCUCUGACAGAUGCCGUCUCUCCUUAGCCAAGUUUGCAAGCUUAUUAAAUCUCACACAGACUUCCCAGAGACCCCAAGGCUUACUGCUGACAGGUUCACACUUGAGACACACACUUCAACAAUAAUACAGCCCUGUAAUUUAUGAGCAAAAGAUUUGCAAUUUUCUCUGUCAUCUUCUUUUGUAUUAGGCUGUGUAUUCAUAGUUAGUUCUGUUAAAAAUUACCUGGAAGACUAAUAGAAAGUGGUAGACUCUCAAAGAGACCACGCCAACAGGACAGCUGCGGGACCUGCAGAAGUCUAGUUUUAUCGAGGUGAGAAAUAGUCCUCACCGCACAGCUCUCAGUUUCACCCCAUUGCAGUGAGAGCUUUGGGGCCUGAAAUGUAGGGACUUAAAUCUUUAAGACUAAAGGGAAUUUUCUGCUGAAAUAACAUUUAUUUUAAAUGCGAAAGCCUUCAGUAUUAAAAUAUUGAUUGGUAAGGCCUUGCCCAGGGAUUUUUCCAGAUGAAUAUUUAUUUUUUAAAAAAAUCACAAUAGUCAGACCAUUCUUAAAAUGGGACAAUCAGCCUCAAGCAAAACUGAUGUAAAUUAAAAGAAUACCCUAGAAUUUGAGGCAUUGUGAUGUGAGGCUUCACAUUUUGAGAUCAGUUUCCUGGCUUCAUGGAAACUAAAGUUGAAAGUUGUUACCUUUUUUUUUUUUUU